GAUGCUGUCACAUCUAUCUGGGGACGUGAACUUGAUGACAUGAAAAAAACUGUUGAGUGGGCCAAACAGUUACCUCUGGACCCCAACGACCCAAACAAUGCUUCUAUCAUGCAGCUGCUAAAAAUGGCCAGAAGUGAAGAGGUGCAUGCUCCUGAGUGCUUCCGACUAGAGCAGCUCCAGGAGGAGUUUUACUUUGUGACUGAUGAAGUGUUGGAGUUGAAGCGAUUGCAACGGCUCAGGAGGGAGGUCCCUUAUAAGAUGGUUCAGAUCCGUGCUUGUUCCCUCAAAGAAUUGCCUGAGAUUCAAUGGCAGUGGUUGAGCAAGUUAUCUCAGAUUCUCCAGAAAUAGAAAUAACAAAUUCAUAAAACUUUUGAUAGCAUUAGAGAAGAUGUUUCAAAGGAGCAAAGCCUUAAAUACGAUCUAUGAUGUGUUCUCUCACUAACAGCGUGCCACUGACAGAUAUUACAUAUGUUACUUUUCCCCUAAGUACCUCAACCCAUCACCCUGUAUGUUUUCAUGAGACAAAACUUUGAUUUAACUGAAAUGAGAUAAGACUUGAGAUUGGGUGCUGUUGUCGGCUUACUGACGCGUUACCACAAGUAUAAAGUGUUGGGAUAUGGAAAGCAUAACAAAUGAAUGUGAAUUUGUAAUGUGCAAACAACACUUGCAAUGCAUUAAUGACGUACGAUCUCAGAUGUCAAUUUUAUAUGUAUUUAAGCCAUAUGACAUCUUGCCCACUGCCUCAAGGUUUCAUAAGGUUGAACCAUUUUUGUAAACCCAGGGGGACUUUCUUACAACUUAAAAUAGCCUACCAAAGGUCCUUGUUUUGUCAAGUUGAUAAAAAUAAAAUAUUUAGAUUGCACUUUUCUGAUUUAUCUUUCAUCAAAUUAGAAAAAUUACUCCAUUUUGUUCCUUCA